AUGGCUGGUGAUACAGCAUCUUCCUUCUCCACUUGCAUGGCCCUCUUCUUCUCUUUGCUCCUACUUUCUCACUUCACUAUGGCCAUACUAGAACACAAUAUCUUUUCUCCUUCAACAUCUAACAAAGAGGGUGUCAAGAAGAGGAACACCAAAGUAGUUGCUUCAGUAAGAGAAGAAAGUGAACAAAAUUCCAAGAAGGAUAUGGCACUAGGAGAAACUAGCAAAGGCAGCAUUCAUGUUCCAAAGAGAGAGCACUCUCAACACUCUCAAUCUCCAAAUAGGAUCUUCAAUGCAAGUGCACAUGAAGUCCCCAGUGGUCCAAACCCCAUUUCAAACAGUGCUGAACAGUAG